GAAUCCUGCUCCCCAUCACCUGGAUGAGAGAAUUGCAUUUCAGGAUCCACUUCAUUUUCCUGAGCACUCGAGAUAAACUUGACAUUCAUUCAUAUCUGAAGCAGCACGUCUCAGCCUUAUCUUGAUUAGGGUAAGUUGUGGGCAUCCUGAUGCUCACCAACUUGUGUAGUUGUUACUUCCUUACAGUAAACCAGCAGAGGGUCCAGCCUGGGGUAGAAUGCAAAUUACACGUGGCUUAUCCACUUCUCACCUUCCCCGCAGAGCUGAGUUUGUGCACUUGGCAUGACAGCACUGACUGCUCCUCUUUUAGAGGGCAGAAGUGUGCCCUUCUCCUAUUAUGUCCUCCCAAAAUCAAACCCAGGCUUUGCUUGGGGUCCCGGAGUCUCCUGCUUUAAUGAGAGCAGGCAGCCCUAAGGCCUGGCAGCCUGCAGCUGCCCUGUGCAGCUUAUUGCUUUUGCAGCUUGCUGCAGAAAACUGGUUGUUGGUGGUAAUGGGUUGUACUGCUGUUCUCUGAUGUGACUUCAUGGUGGUUAUCUGCUGAUCUGAACUUUGUUGCUGGCUGCUUGUGUGGAGCCCACCCCAGCUGCUGCUGUUUGGAUGCACUGGUGUGCAAAGAUGCACUGAUGUAAGAAUUACUAAAUGGAACUUUAGUGUAGAUAAGGAACAUGACACACACACAGCAAACCCAUCCCAGAGCCAGAGACCAAAAUCUUUCCUUCCAGAGCCUCGAUCUGCCGACUAAACCCCAGCAGAUGUCCCUAGGAGCACCUCGCAGCUGUCCUGAGUCCGUUUGUGCCCCCUCGUCAUUUCUGUGCCCUUUGGAAAUGACCCCGCUGAGCAACGCGGCCAGCUGCGUACUGGGAACGGCGAGCCCGGAGGGCGCUUCCCGAAGCCCCACCUCGUGUCUCUGGCAUCAUCUGAGCAUUUGGAUUUGCGUGUGUUUCAUCUGCAAUCACGUUUUCCUGCUAAACUCACACCCUAGCACGCCAUAGGGAAAGUCAAAUCCCCAGAAACAAAACCCGCCCGUGUUGAGCGCUCAGCGGCAGCUGCGCGGUGCUGCCCGGCUCGGACCGCCCGUCCCCGCGGCGUCCAUCCAGCUGUGCGCACACGGCCAUCCCCGGGGCCGGGUUUUGCUGCGUGCUGCUGGAGGAGGAGCCGUGCCCGGCCCAGCGGGGCAGGCCGUCCCGCUUGGGCUCAGCUGGCCGUGCCCCCGGCCCGCGUAUUUCACCGCUGCAGGAAGUGAGCUCACGGCUCCGGAGGCAGGACGGGAGCCCGCGGGCGCACAGCCCGGCUGGACAGGAGAUCCGCGCGGCCAUGGGUCGGGGCACGCUGCUGUCUUGCCCGAGGCCAGCCUGCUAUUUGCUGCUGCUGCUGCUGGGGAACUACGGGGUACUGGGGAGCAGUGGGAAGCAGCGGGGGCCGCUGGAGGAGCGCCAGAGCGAUGUGACGGAGGCGGCACCGUGGGGCAGAGCGAGGUACGAGGCGGUGAAGAAGCAGCUGGGAGCCGUGGGAGCUCUCUCCAAGCAGUACUGGCAGUACCUGGCUUGCAAGGUGUGGCAGGAAGGCUGCGGGAAGGAGGAAAAGACCGGCCCAGGCUGGACCUUGCCUCUGGUGGGCCAGGAUUACCUGGAGAUCCUCUCUGCCUGGUACUGCAGUUUUGGCAAGUGCUGCAAGACAGGAGACUGCCGCAUCAUCAACAAUGUCACAGGGCUAGAACUGGACCUCCAUGAGCAUCUCCAUGGGCAGCACUUGGCCAAAGAAAUUGUUAUCCAGGCAGUGCGAGGGUUCUUGGAGAGCCCUCAGCCUCAGAAGGCUCUGGUCCUCUCCUUCCAUGGCUGGUCUGGCACAGGCAAAAACUUUGUGGCCCGCAUGGUGGCUGCUCACCUGUACCGGGAUGGGCUGAAGAGUGAAUGUGUCAGGGUGUUCAUUGCGCUCCUCCACUUCCCCCACCACAAGUACAUAGACUCCUACAAGCUUCAGCUGGAGAAGCAGAUAAGUGAGACUGUGCAGCUCUGCAAGCAGUCACUGUUCAUCUUUGAUGAGGCAGAGAAACUUCAUUUUGGUCUCCUGGAUGUCAUCAAGCCCUUCAUGGUUCACUCUGACAAGAGCCAGCAAGAUAACCGGAGAUCCAUCUUCCUCUUCCUCAGCAAUAUUGGUGGCAGUGCCAUCAAUGAGGUCGCCCUGGACUUCUGGCGAGCUGGACGGGCACGGGAGGAGAUCCCUGUGGAGCUCCUGGAGCAACAGCUGCAGCUGGAGAUGCUGCAGCUUGCAGAGAACGGUUAUGCCCGCAGCCAUCUUCUUGAAGAGAACCUCGUUGAUUUCUUUGUGCCAUUCCUGCCUCUGGAGUACCACCACGUGAAGCUCUGCGCACGGGAUGCGUUCCUGGCCCGUGGACUUCCCUACACAGAGGCAGCCCUUGAUGAGGUUGCCAGGAUGAUGGUGUUUGUCCCCAAAGAAGAGAAGCUUUUCUCUGCACAAGGUUGUAAAUCUGUAUCACAGCGCAUCAAUUACUUCCUUCCUUGAACACCAGGUGGGACUACAUCCCUGGUGAAACUGAUUCUGUACACCAGGAGCUGCUCUCCUUGCACGAGGUCAGGCAAGCAGAUCAUUCCUGCACAUGUGCAGGAACUGAACUCCAUUAUUACUUUGAGGGCUGCUCACAGGGAAGGCAGUGCACUCUGCCAAACCUUACAGUUGGGGUGCCUGCAGGCUGAGCUCGGCUGGGUUUUUAAGUCCACAUGGUGUUUCUCACUCCCUCCUUUUACCCUGAAGCAGUGAUUUGGUUGUGCUGACAGAUGCUUAGUUUCAUGUGAGUGGGGGUAUUGCCAGUUUGUUGCCACUUAGCGAAGGCCCAGGCCAGACUGAUCGAGACAAGCCAUGGCCUCAUCCCUGUCCACAGCUUCCUCAGUCACAUACAGAAAAUGACUGCUUCAUCUCCACUGGAGAUUUUAAACCUACAGCCUUUUGCUUUGGAGUGACCUUCUCUCUGCUCUCUUGGUCUUUGCUCCAUGGAAGCAGCUGUGGGAUGAGGUGAGCUCCUGCCGAAAUCACUUCUCUGAGCCAUUUGGUGAAGAGCGUGUUUGCUGCAUUGCAGGAACUGGUUUGGGGAGAGACAGACAUGGGCAAAGGGCAGCUGAGGAGGACAGUGGGUGAAAGAACAGGUUGCAGAUGAAUUCUGGGUUUCAGAGGUGGAAUAAGAUAGUUUUUCCCCCCAGUAUGUUGUAUGCUGUGGGGUUUUGGCUGGUAUCAGCAUUACUACACCAAGGGGCUGUUUGCUGUCUGGAUACUUGCCAGGUGAUAAGAAUGGACCAAAAUACUUCAACAGUGAUACAAGAAUCGCUUUGUGACCUCGAGGUCAAAACUCCCUUCCAACACAGCUGCUGCACGGUGAGGUGAAUCAGCAGCUGCCAAGGACAGCUCAGCUACCUCAUGUGCGGACCUUUGAUCUAUUUUAAGCUUGGAACUUCUCAGCAGUGGCAGUGAUGAGCAGCACAACUCCAUGGACAGGCUGAGCACUGCUCUGCAGCCUCUGAGGUUGCCGAUCUAAUCUAAUGAGGCUGUGUGGUCCGAGGCAGGGAGGUGAGCCAGCUGCUCAUCUUGCUUCUCUCUGUACAAAGUUAGUUUAAGCUUGGCUGCUGACUUGAGGCUGGACCUAAGUGCUAUGCCUACUUUAAUCAGGCACUGCUCAGAGCUGGUUUAUGGAUUGUCAUUUCAUCACGCACAUCAGUCCUGGAAACAGCAGAUGGGUGCCUGAAGGAAAGCAGCUCUUCAGUGAAGAUGCAACCCUGUAGAACAGCACAGUUCAGGCUCUGCUUUACAACCAGCUGAUCUGCUUGGUCACUUGUGUAAGCCAGCGUGAGGUCAGUAAGGUUUUGGUUUUUUGAGUGAGGUUUUGAGGCUUUGGGUUAGUACAGUGCAGGUUAAAAAAAAUAACCUGCUUCUUAAAAAAAUCAAUGUCUAGGCAAGGUUUUUUUGCCAAUAAAAUAUUGCAACCUUUAUUUAAAACAAAAUGCAAAUUGGCAAAACUUUGUGGAACAACAGGCAAAGAGGCCCUUCCAAGGGCCUUAUUUACAUCAAGUUUAACACUGUUCGCAGUUCACAGUCAGACGAUAGUGAGAGAAUUAAAUUAGAAAAACAACCAAAAUAUAUUACAAUAACAAUUAAAAACAAAACAGUUGACAACACUGUAGAGUGAUUGGUGAUUAAUGUGUUUGAUUUAAUCCAUUCCUGCCCUCUGUGAGUUCAGUACUGAUGCCUGCAGCAUGCCAUGCUGAGCAGGCUCUACACCCUCGUGCACAGCAGCCAUGCUGGGAAGAUGACCUCCUUUGGUACAGGUAUAUCUCAUCUUGCAGGUACUGCAGAUACGUCCCAGAAGCUGUCACUUCCUACUACCAGGGAAUAGGCUGAGGGUUUGUUCUACACUCCAGGCCUGAGAGUACCCCAGUGCCCACGGCCUAUUUACACCAGCUGCUCCCUGCUGACACCGGGCCAGUGGUGCUCGGGAGGAGCCUCUUCUGUGAGGAUAAGGAACAGAGAGAACAGCCCUGUGUUCUGCAUCAGGAGUGCUGCUCUGUUUAGCUCUGCUCUCCCAGCUGCAAAGUUUGAUGCAGUCCUAAGACCAAAGCUCUUAAUUCAGUCCUGCCAGCACUGAUGAGAAGUACAGCCAGUUGUGUGCUGCCACCCAGCCAGCCAAGUGCACUGCGCCCAGGGUUAAGAAGGGCACACAGUGCAGAAAGCUGCACCUGCAGGUUGGCUGCUCCCCUGGGAGCUAGGGAGAGAAAUUCCCCACACUGCCUUGCUCGGAGCUUGCCCUUACCAGGCCCCUAUGGUCUGCCACAACCUGCUGCAAGAUGACUGCCUUCAAUUCUAGACCACAGUAGUGCAAGUUAGAGAGCCCAGCUGCAUCUGCAUCUUUACCACGAGGCCUUCUCACAGCAGUGAAGAAAGGAAACACAAGAGGAGGUUGUCAUAUCCACAAAGGCUGGAUCAAGAGAUGCUCUUCACUGGAAGAAGUAAUGGGGCUUUGCCAUCCAUACAGUACUUGACACAGACUGUGUGCAAAACUGAAAGCAGAGAAGCUGCUACGGUUGAGACCUUUAAGGCUGAACAGAAAGGCAAAUCUAGCAGAGGGAAAGGACCUAUAACAGUGAUGGGAGAGAAGCUGCCCCAACUGUUUGUGAUCCUGUGAGAGCAGGUGAAUUCUGCGUCUUCUAACUGCCCACAGCUGUGUCCCUGCCAACUACCUCUGUGUGGGAGGAGAAAACAGGCAACACUCAAAGAAAGCAAACGUGGGGAGGGUAGCUUUGCUGGGGCAGUUUGUUUCUUAAGCAGGGUGUGAAAGAGUUGAAAGGGGUCUGUUCUAAUAAUUAAAAAUUCUGGGAAUUGUUUGCUAUUCUAUCACUUUUGCAGGAGCUUUUUUGGAAGACCUACAUUCAGGAAAAAAUAAAUUUUAAAAAGCUUCUUUUAAAAUACUCAGCAGAACUGGAAUAACACUUUUAAAACGUUCUGGUUAAAAUACCUUUCCCCUGAGAAUAACCACUUCAGUUCCAGUUGGCUUUUACUGGGCUGAAAAGCAGUACAGUGAUGAAACCACACGAUUGUCUGCAGGGCAAACAGGACCAGUCUUUCUGACACCAAGAAAGCUCUCAUACCUUUCCACUCCUCCUGAUUGUUAAGAAGGCAACAUGAAGCAAUGCCUUAAGAUUUUUUUCCCUUUACGGGUCUGCUUUCUAAAGGCAGCUAAUUUGGUGUGCAGUGAUGCACAUGUUCAAUAAAGAUGACUGAAGCAGAUAAGGUAAACCACAAAAGCCCUCGGUAAAGUCUACAAGAUAGCUGUUAGGUGCUCUGCCUCCCUGCUGAAUAACUGCCCCAGGGACCUGCAGCUGAAGUGCAAGACCCAGAGGAGAUCCAGGACAAGCUGGAAAUCUUACUGCAGAAUGAGACAGCAGGCUCUUCCAGGUGGGCUUGGUGCCAUGAGGUAAGGAUGACUAACCCACAAAGGGAUCAGCUUGCCGUCUUGUAGGAACAAUUAAUUUACCUUAAUAUCUAUUGACUGGGGUGGAAGGAUUGUUUGUUUUUUUUUUUCAUUAUUUCACUCACUUUGACAGUGAAGCACACGUGGUCCAUUUCACCUCGCAUACUGCUCCACUGGUGCACAUUCAUGCAGCGUGACACACAACUUUAUCUACUACAGACUAGUAAAUAAUAUGAGGAUUCUCAGACACGGGCACAUUACUAAGAAUGGUUCAGGCCACAUCUCACCGUGCUCCAUGGAAACAACAGUGGCUUGUGCCAAGAGGUCCAGCCUGCUUCUGAGCACCAACAGGGCAAUGCUUGUAGGCAGACAAGGAAUGCCUGAGUGCCAACCAUCUGAAUUCACACUUGUGCUCCAGCUCAACUCUAAAUGCUCAACCUAAAAGCAGCACAGUCACGCUUUAAAAACAAGUUAAAAAAGAAAAAAAAAAAAAAAAAAAAA